AUGGCCCUGGCCUACGGUAAAUCCAAGGCCCAUGCCUUCUUCAAUUACUACGCUCGAGCUUUUAGUAAUUACUACUCUCCUGGGUUCAGCUAUGACUACUACCCGCGCUACAGCCAUAGCUACCCCACUUUCAACUACGCCACCUACCCGUACGGCUACAGCAGCGGCGGAGGAUAUGGCAAUGGCUACGCCCAGGGUUACAGACAGAACUAUGGCCGGGGGUACGGAAAUGGCUAUGGUGUUGGCUACAGAACAGGAAACUACUACCCCACGAACAGCUACAGCUACUAUCCGUCAUAUGGCAGGGGCUACGCCCGUAGCUACAGCAACUACUAUCCAAGUAAAAGUUACAGUAAUUACUACCCAACAAACAGCUACAACUAUUACUCAUACCCCAGUUACAACUAUAACCCCAGGAACGGCUACGGCUACUCGUAUCGACGCACCUACGGUCCUAGCUAUUACGGCUCCGGGUACGGUAAUGCGCGCGGUUAUGGCUCCGGAUACGGAUACAGUUCUGGUUACGGGUCCCGCUCCGGCUACGGCUCCGGCUACGGCUCCGGCUACGGCUCUGGCUACGGCUCCGGUUACGGCACCGGCUAUGGGAAUAGCUACGGUUAUGGAUCCGGAUACGGGUCCGGCUAUGGCUCCGGCUACGGCUCCAGCUACGGAUCUGGCUCCGGGUCCGGCUACGGGUCAGGCUACGGGUCCGGCUACGGGUCCGGCUACGGGUCUGGCUAUGGCUCCGGCUACGGGUCCGGCUACGGGUCUGGCUAUGGCUCCGGCUACAGUUCCGGCUACGGGUCUGGCUAUGGCUCCGGCUACGGUUCCGGCUACGGGUCUGGCUACGGCUACGGUGGCAGCUCAGGCUACCGUGGUCGCGCCGUGUAUGGACCCAGCACUCCCUACAGAGGAAGCUCUAGCUACAGCUACGGCAACAGCUACGAUUAG